AUGUUGUGCAGUCUUGAUAAGUAUGGAGCAGGAGCUGAGGUGUCAAUUAAUGGAGACGUGUACAGCUACGGCAUCCUCAUACUGGAGAUGUUCACGGGGAAGAGGCCCACCAAUAACAUGUUUGGUGAUGGACUGAACCUUCAUUCCUUUGCUAAGGCAGCUUUACCGGAGCAGGCUCCUCAGAUUAUUGAUCCUGUCCUGCUUGGGGAGAGCCAAAACAAGGAUGACAGUCGAGGCAUCAGGAGAAGCCAGAGGAGCCACGAGAGGCUCCUUAAGAUUCAAGAGUGUUUGGUAUCAAUCGUGGAAGUAGGAGUGGUCUGUUCUUCUGAAGUUCCGACCGACAGAAUGAGCAUGGGCAAUGCUGCAGCUGCUCUGCAAGCAAUUCGGAAUAAGCUUCUUGGAAGCUGAGGAAAUUGAAGACAAUCCAAAUGGGAGCACGAUUCAUGGCAUUCGAAGUAUUGUGUAGAUGAUAUCUAAAGAAGUGUACCUUCACAUCGCUGGUCCAAUGGCUUUGUUCAGGAGUUUCUAUAGUUUCUCAAAUUUGUAUGCAUGAACUCUGUCGCAUUGUUACUUUUUGGA